AUGAGCUCUGAAAUCGUCAAGCAAAAACUGGACUCAGUGCCAGAUCAAACAAGUUCAGAAGAACAAAUGGAGAACUGGUCAAAAGGAACACACAUCCUGGAACAGAAGAAAGAAGACUUUUGUGUUGAGUUUCAGUUUCAUCAGAAUUCUCAGGAAAGCCCAGAAUUUUUCAUCCAGGCAGCAGCUGAAGCAAUGAAACUUUCAGAUUUGUCAGUAACCAGUCAAAGAAGAGGAGCCCCAAAUGAUUGUAAUUCCACUCCUGAAGAAUCAAGCACCAUACAAAGAAAGGCUAGCAGGAUGCUCCCUGAAUUUAUAUCCUCAUGGGGGGAUGCUGCAGAUUUAGGUGGAAAAACAGAAACUGCAUUCCUUUUAAAACAACUGGACACUCUGAGGGCCAAAAAUAAAAAGCUUCAGGAUAAGCUCUCUGAAAAGGACAAGGAGUUGAAGACAAUAAAACUGGACUUAGACCUGCAAGAGAGAGCUACAGAAGCUAAGAUUGCAGAAAAGAUUGCAGCUCUGGUGGAAGAAGUUUAUUCUGCUCAACGAGAACGUGAUGAGGCUGUCAUGGCAAGGCUUAGGUUAGCCAAUGAAGAGAGAGAUGAAGCAUUUCUACGAGUCCAGCGUUUAGAAGAGUCUCUCAAGGAGCUAGAAAAUAUUAACCCUGAAGAAAAUGACAUGACAUUACAGGAAUUACUGAACAGAAUAAACAAUGCAGACACAGGGAUAGAUAUACUGAAGAAUGGAGCUAUAAUUCUGAAUCGAAUACACAGGACCAAAGAACGUAAAAAGAAAAUAAUAGCUGAGGAAAUGAAUGCAGUAAUAGAACAACGGGAUGCUGCUUUGUCUCAAUGCAAACGGCUGGAGCAGGAGCUUCAUCAUCUGAAAGAGCAGAACCAGACUUCAGCAAACAACAUGAGACAUCUGACUGCUGAAAACAAUCAAGAACGUGCUCUGAAGGCAGACUUGAUAGCCUUGCAACAAGAAAAAGAGGCUGCUCUUCAACAGUGCAAAAAAUUAGAAGAAGAAAUCCAGACAUUGCGUGUUUAUUACAGCUUAUACAAAUCUUUGUCAGAAAGAUUGAGUCUGAAGGACCAGCUUAACGGUACUUCCAGUGCUUCUGAAGGUGGACUGCAAGGCAGGGAGGAUGUUGUGCUCCUUACCCAUUGCCAGAUUGAAGAUCUGGCAGCUCAGCUGCAGCAAGCUCGGGCAGAGCAAAAGGACACAGAGCUGAAGCUCCAGACAGCCCUGGAGGCUUCACGGGAGGCCAAUGAAAAAGUUCGGAAGUAA